GUGGACUCCAGGGCAACCCGAGAGAUUAGUAGACCUCCCACUCGGGACGGACUGUUCCUGUGGCUGACAUGUUUGACGGUGUCGAUAGGAGGAAGUGGAAAUACUUCUGUUUCCUGCUGUCAGCGUCCCUGUUACCGUUUCUUCUGUGCCUGCUGAAUGUGCCCUUUGGCGUGGUGACAGGCUGGAUCUGCCGAGAGGAAGGGUGCUCCCAGAAUGUGGUCGCUGUCUUUGCCAUGUUCCUCUUGGGUCUCGGUGGGGUACAGGGCAAUUCUCACAGGCAUGCAGGAACCAGAAGUGAUUGGAUCGAUGAAAUGCCUCAUGGUCAAACCGUCAUCUUCCCAAUUCAACCAGUCGUGAGCAGCAAUCCAUUCGUUCAUGCCGCCACCUGCAGUUCCUUGUCGUACAACCAUUCUUCACCCUCCCCUUUCGGUUCUUUUCAUGGUUAUGGAUACUGGAUGCUGGGAUGUGUCGUCUCGUUUUGAUGUUGUAGUGUUUUGGUGUUUGGGUGCGGUACCUGCAGCAGAUGCCGGGUCAAAGACAGAAAUGAAGCGUCCAG